CCUCAACUCUUGUCUUUUACCUGCAUUGCAUCGCUUCGCUUUGCAUCGCCCAGUCUAUUGUAACACACUAGACACCCCAUCCAACCCUCGCUCACAAGUUUGACUACACCGUCGGUGUGCGUCACGUUCUGCCUACCUACUUACCCGUCCGCACACCGUGUGGCUUUGCUCCUUGACCGAGAACUCCGCCGAAACCCUCGAGGGAAACGUCGCAAUACUAGUCAGGGCCCUGGAGAAAACGGAACACCGCCUCCAAUCACCAGUCUACUUGUCAGCCAAGACGUAGCUGUGCGACUGUCUCCCCUGCCAGCCGACGAACCAUCUCGCGGUUCAAUUCGUAAACACCGGUGUUGUUGCGUCCACGUCAACAACCAGCCAUGGACAGGUCCGAUAAGCAGUGGGCCAAAGCAUACUUGCUCGACCCUCUCACAGCACCCGAACCUAGCCAGGAAACAGGUCCUGGAAGCUCCUUCAUCAACCCCGAUCCCUUACUUCGAACAUUCUCCCAGAACAAGAAGAAGGGCAAAGAACCAGUUAAGAACAGCAACAAAAGCCAUAGCAGUCACAGUCGCGUUUCAUCGUACCCCACCCCGCCUGCAUCCGCGAGCCCAACCCGCUCUAGCUUUAAUUCAUCCAACCCCUUCUCGCCAUCUUACAAACACGUUUCUCUGCCUCCAAGCCGAGAACUUGCCUCACCCGCAUCGCCUUCUUCACCACACGUACCCUUGGGACGUAGCAGCAGCGUCCGCAGUAACGGACUUCGAAGCCCCUCUUCUUCAAGAGACCGGUUCCCACCGAGCACGAGCGUUACUCGGAGCUACAGCGCCCGCACUCGGUCCAUUGCCGAGGAGAACGGGCCUAACUCAGAAUCCUCCAUUCAACGUAGCAAGAGCGUAAACACUCACACCGGCCCUAGUGGUCUUCAUCGAUCCGGCUCUUUGAAUCAGAGGUACCCCGGCGACAUGUCUCAUCGGCCUCUCGACAUGAUCAGGCGGGAGCAGCGCGCUGCAGACCGCGCACCUCACCUGCGGACACGCAAGAACGGACCCAUGACAGACACCAUUGACUCGCUCGACAGCAUCGGCGGCAUUUAUCAUCAUGGCGGUCCCUAUGACGCCACUUUGGCAUCCCGCAACCGCAACAAAAUGUACGCCCCCGUCGAAGCCGUGAGGGAAUCCAACAUGGAGGCCCUGAGAGCGACGCCUCGCGAGUACAUUCAGGAUUCUCUGGACAAGCAUGUCCCUCUACAAGGAACCGGUCUUAUUCCCGCAGGCUGUACUGAUAUGAGCGGGAACGUAAUGAACUACGAGGAGGGGGCCGAUUUGAUGCGCGAGCCUGACGCGAAGGGCGGUGCCUACAAGAGAUGGGAUGGGAUUCCUUACCAUCCUGAUGACCUCAAGGGAAAAGGAGAACCUUCCUACACUUACGAGAGAGACCUCAAGGAGAAGAAGCGAAUGCGCAAAGCAUCACUGGGCAACAACCCUGCGGAAUUCGAGAUGCGCUCCGGAGUCAACGCCCAUUCACGUAAGGAGAAUGGGGCGAUGGUUCGCCAGCGCAGCGUCAGCAAUGCCGCCGAUGGAAGAUCCGGACCUUCUGAAUCUCGUAACGGGCAGUCGAACAGCGCCGACGUCAAUCGCCACAACAGCACUGGCAAGCGUCUGAGCGAAGGUCUGAAGCGUCGCUUUGGCAGCAUCCGACGAAAGAGCAACACUGCGGCUUAAAUGACAACUUGCACGUUACCAAGCCCCGCAAUUCUCAAUGUAAUACAAGGGCGUUUAUGACAUGAUAUCUCAAAGGCGCCCACACGACGUGCGCUAUGGUAUAAUCAAUAGUCGAACAGUAUAGUCUUUUUGGCGAGUGUACGAGUAGAGGGGUGGGGGCCUUGCGCUGCCAUGGCCCGUAGGAGUUGUCGUUUGACGGGAGAGUACCAGAUUGAUGGGUCUGGCCUGUAUUGCGUAGACAGAUCGCGGAAAGGAGUCUAGCCGCGAAUGAGAAACGAUAUUUGAUAUAAG